AUGUCCCAAACACGAGACCACGUCUCGCUCCUCAUAGACUCCAGCCCCCUCCACCUGCCUUCCUACUGCCCGAGCAGCCCCCACUAUCUCCGAGUCAACCACAACAUGCGCCACGGCAGCGAAAAGCUCUACGACCCGAAAGUUGUCUCGAUCGGCCCGUUUCACCACCAAACAGCCCAUCUCCAGAAAAUGCAGCUCGCGUACCUCAAGUGCCUACUCAAACGCCACGGUGAGUCCACCGUCGACAAAUACGUAGCGGCCGUGAGGUCCCUGGAGGAAAAAGCCCGAAAUUCCUACUCCGAGCCCAUCGAGCUAAACACAGACGAGUUCGUGAUGAUUCUUGUGCUCGAUGGGCUUUUUGUGGUCGAGCUGCUCCGAAAGGAUGAUAAUGACCUGCUGAGGGAGAAGAACGAGAUUUUCCUAUUAGAGAAUAUCCUUAUCAUGGUCCAGCGCGACCUGAUACUCGUGGAGAAUCAGGAAACAAGGGUCGAGUUCGAAAGUAGCAACUGCCCGCACAUCAAUUUCGUCGGGGGCGUCCUUAGGAUUCUGGUACUCCGUGUGGGAUAUAAGACCGAGUCGAUUUUGAGGAAUUUGAUCGUGUACGAGCAGUUUUACAUGGACGACCGUCCAAAGUACGUGGCGGACUACACAUUCUUCUUACAGUGCCUCGUGAACCAGUCGAGGGACAUGGAGAGAUUAAGGCGGCGCGGGAUUUUUGAAAACUUGUUGGGCGGAGAUGAGAUGGUAUGCCCUGUUUUCGCAAGUCUCGGGAGAAAUACCAUGUUAUAUAUCGACAUGCAAUUUUAA